AGACAUAUGUUACAUGUGCAUGCCGUAUUUCCAGUCAUUGGCGUGACAGCAUCGGCACCGAGUGACCGUCGCGACUCGCAUCGAGGGACUUUUUAAAAAUCUCGAUCCAACUUUAUGAUUUACAACGGUUUUUGACGGACUUUUAAUCCCGGAAGAUAUUGUUUAUACCAGUGCCACUCGACGCGUAGUUUCGAACGCAAAAUGAAUCAUCGUGAUAAUUAUCGAGAAACGAUGUAACGCGACGAUUCAAGAGUGACGCGGUUCGAUUGCGGUUGGCCAAAUGAUCGAUCAACCGGAUCGAGCGUAGAUCGCAAUGCAUCGCGUUCAAGUUUGAAAUAUUUACAUCGCAAGACUGGUGUAAAAGUAAUAUUCCAUCCACUACUGGAGUAACAUUCCAAUUAUGAAUAAUUCGUCAAAACGACCGGCAAAAACGUCACAAAAGAUUCAGCAAAAUCACAAGAGAACAAACGAGAGACAAUAGUACUGUGAAAUAAAUACAGCGAGGGAUCAGUCGGCGAACAAAAUUUCUUGUUGACAACUAAGAUUUUGAAAUUUGGUCGUAUACAUAAUGGAAAAAAAAUAAUAAUGCUUGACACGUCGCUGGAUCGACUCUCAUCCGGUGUUUGAUGACAAAUACAUAGAGCGAGAAUGGUACGAGCAACUCGCACGUCGAAGAUGAGGGAUGCGGUUCCGCAAAAAGGAAGUACUAACGUAGCUACUCCCAAGUCCAAACCGUCCCUAGAAAUAUAUCGACCCCCAGGUGGGAGAGCGGAAGGAACCACGGCAAACGUCACUAAUCUCCGUUUAAACGUGCAUGCCAAGGAAUUCACUAUGAAGCAGAACGAUUCACAUUUCUCUAAGUCUCGAAUUAACGCAUCCGAGCGCUCCACGUAUUACCUACAGCACAGCAAGUCGAGUGGUAAUGUUCACCGAUACCUCUAUGCCCAGCAACAGCUGCAGCAUCCUCUGCAGCAACAACAUCAACUCUCACCUCGUCAUUCUCAGAGUAGCCAUCACUCGACAACGAAUUCCACAUUACGUCAGUCUCAUUCUUUGGACACGUCCGCGUCCAGCGGAAACAUUUUACAUGCUGUAAAUAGAGUACACUUCAACAUAGAUCAAAAUGAAGUCAAGACGAAUUCCGCAAAACCAGGCAAGCUUACUAAAUCGCACACCUUUGUGUCCACCUAUGGUCUGAAGCGUCCCAAGAGCUUGAAUUCGGACAUACUAGCUGUCAAGGCAUUCAACAUCGCGGAUGCUUCCGAACUCGGAAAGUUUCCUUUGCCCGUUCAAGAUAUACUCCUGCGAGCGAUAGAAGAUCCAAAUCUUCUAAACGCGAGAACAUUGAUGGAAUUAGUACGGCAUAUUCUGGAAAGAGUAGUGGGAAGUCGCAAAUAUGCCGAACCAGCAGCUAAAGUUUGCAUCACAAUUAUAGAGAAAGAAACGAAGGAAACUUUUUUGGAAUCCUUGCUAAAUAUGUGUCAGCAGUGGUAUCAGGAUCGCGCUAGAUUACUAUACGACAAUACGACCUGUUAUCGAUACUCGGCCUUUAUGACGUUUCUCAACGAGAUGUAUUGCCAGCUAAAGCGGCGGCAGCUACAGCUGAAGACGCAACAGGAGGGCGUUCCUCCCGGACGCGUGCUCCUCACGCUGCUUUGGAAAUGUUGCCAGGAUUGUUUGCAACCGCCCGUCAUCAACUCGCUCGCCGAGACGAAUUCCCUGUUUAUCAUCCUCACGUGCAUCGGCAAGGACCUGGCCACGGAGCUGCCGGCGCAGCUGCAGCAGCUGCUCGGCGGUGUUCGCGACGCCUUCCUAGCGGAAGAGACGAUUCUGCCACCGGUCAAGCGGACGCUCCUGCAGCUGAUCGAACUCCACGCCGCGCAUUGGCAGCUACCGGCCCCGGCGGUGGUUUACUACUACCCUUCGAACUCGAACUCCAAGUGACCGCUACUCGAGUAUGCUCGCGGUCUCUCCGUCCGUUUACUCGGAUUAAACGCGAGUGGAUAUGCACGAAAGUACGCGGAUGUGUGGUACAUUACUUUGUUAUUUCUACACUGGAUCGAAAUGUUGUUUUUUUAACAAAAAUCGCGCCGAGCACAGGCGGAGUUUUAUUUUACUUUUCGAUACGAUAAAAAAAUGCACGAACGAAAGGACGAUGUCGAUUUACGUCAUUUUCUCUUUUUCGAAGAAUCGCGAAUAGUUUGCGAUGAUCUCCUUCUGCGAAACGAAAAUUUUUGUUCGAUGAUACUGUUUGCAGACGAUGGUGCGAAUAAACAAGUUCUUUUGCAUAGAUAAAUUAAAGAAUAAAUUGUGAUAAUUAAUUUUCAAGGAUGAAUAAUGCGAUCGAGAAGGGAUUCGGCGAAAAACAUGUUAUAAUGUAUUCAACUGAUAUCCCAUAUCGUAAAUCAGCGAGGAAUCGAGCGUUUAUCGCAGGAGAGAAGGGUGAAAGACCUCGCGUCUCUGAAACGAAGAAGCGACUGCGUCAAUAAACUCGUUUGAUUUUUUUUUAUUGCGAUUCUUUCUGCCGAUUAGUGCCAAGGGCAAUAAAAGAGAUCGACCAGUAGACGCGAUUUCUCUGCGGAUUGUGUCAUAAUGCUUCUAUCGGGCCGCACUUUUUGUCUCUCUGGCAACACCAUCGCUGCGAAUCUUUCCAAAUCCGGAUAAGUAGAUUCAUGUCUAAUUAAGACACGUAUAAACCAUUACAAAGAUCAGGGAACCGAAAUACAAGUCUACAAUUUCGAUAUAAGAAAGAACGAGAGCUCGCUUGCGCGUGCAAUAGCUUAAUUACGGUACUUAAUUACGGAUAGUAAUUAUUCGAGAUGAUGCAAUCGUCUAGAAAUCAUAAAUACAUUCUAAUCAUUUCAAGCGCGUUUGAGAUGGUAGAUUUUUUAAAAAUUUCUGUAUAGUUUGGAUAUGAUAUUCAAUGAAAUCAGAUAAAUCAAUGUUCAUUUUGUAUCAAUAUAUUGAUGCAAAUUAUACAACAAACUACCUUGCAA